AUAUAUUAGAGUACUUGACCAAUGGAUGACAUCAGUUACAAUUUUGCUCUCUAGCACACAGUUUCACAUCGCUCAAUCGUGAUGAUUGCAUUGCUUAUCGUGUCCUCUCUGGCCAUUGGCAUGGCUCUCCCGGCGGUCGAUACCCAGCACAAAAAUCCGGAAGCCUACGCUGAGAUACAGUCCUACGAGAAUGUUCUUCAUGACGAUGGUCACUACGUUUGGUCGCAGCAGACGAGCAAUGGCAUUGCUGCCCACGAGGAAGGUCUGGGAGCUCACGCUGCCAACGGAGUAUCCUCAUACACUGCUCCCGAUGGGGUCCAGUACCGGCUGGUGUAUACUGCCGAUGAGAAUGGAUACCAUCCGGAGGGAGCUCAUUUGCCCACACCUCCCCCGGCUCCCGAACAUGUGCUGAAAUCGCUGGAGCAGCUACGCGCCAAUCCACCUAGGGACCAGAAGGAUUUCAAUCUGGCAGCACUGGAUGCCGCAAUCGCUCGAUUGAGACACUAAAUGAGGAGAGUUUGUUGAUUAAUUUACUAGUUUCCUGAUAUCAAUUUCACUUCUGAAUCGAUCAAUUCAGGAUUUUGGUUCUAU